CACAAAUAUCCAGAUACAAACAUUGUCGUAAUGGCUCCGGAGUUCAAAGGGAAGCAAGCCGCUAUCCCGAGUACUCUGCAAGACUCUUCAUCAUCAUCCUCCGACGACAGCGACUCCGACUCAGACCUUCCGCCCCGUCGCCGGACCACUCCUCCACCGCCGCCGCUGCUCAGAGCAAGAUCGCUCGCGGCCGAGGUCAUCCUGCAGCAUGAGCCCAUCCGGUCUACGCUUUCCUCGCCAGACUCUGUCUUUCUAGACUUUGCCUGCGGAUCCGGUGCGUUGUCUCGCGAAAUUGUGCAACACGUUGACCACAUCCUGGGUAUCGAUGUUGAUCCUGCCGCUGUCUCGGCGUACAACCAGCGCGCGCAAAACCAAGGUCUGGAUGAAUCAGAAAUGCACGCGGUAGUAUGCGACGUACUCACUCUCUCCGACGAAACUGGUGAUGAUGAUGUAUCGUGUAAAGAGUGGUUUUCGGCAAUUGAUGUGGCAGCGUGCGCAAUGGGGUUUCACCAUCUACAAGACAUGACUGCGGUUACAAAAGCUAUAGCCAGCAAAUUUCUCAAGCCUAAGGGAUGGUUCUGCGUCGUGGAUCUACUUUGGACCGAGCACACAGCAGCCGUCUUUACAAACCUGAAAACAGCCAAGCAGCAAGCUCAUACUCACUCCCACACUCACUCUCACACUCAUCACGACCAGCGCGAUAGCAGUCACAGCCACAGUCAUACCCACAGUCAUAAUCACAAUCACACAGUCCACGUCGGAGGUCUCCAUCCCGCGGACCUACGGCAGAGCUUAGUCUCAGCUGGUCUAACUGACGUCGAGGUGUUUGAGCACGCGUUCGAAGUCCCGGUGAUGGUCCCAGAGUCACUACUUCCCGAACAGGAAGCGACUGCUGGAUCGAGCGCGAGCAACGCUGAUGGAGAGGACAAGAAUACGCGGAAGGUGGAGGUGUUGCUGCCGUUUCUGUUUGCUGUGGGGAGGAAAAGCUGAGUUGCAUUUAUUCGGAGUUUUCAAGUUUUGAUCGAAUAGUUUAGCGGGCAGAUAUUUCUUGAAUAUCAUAUUAUUAUCUCGUACACAUGUCAUAAAUAGACUGUAUUCUUACAUUAAAUAUAUAGCCA